AUGGAAACCGUCAAGAACGCCGCAAACUACGUUGCCGAGUCCGUCCAGGGUGCCGGUGCUACCGCAUCCAAGGAGGCCAACAAGAACGUCGCCAAGGACUCUGACGCAAGCCUCAGCUCCCGUGCCACUGCCGCCAAGGAUGCUGUUAUCGACAAGAAGGAUGAGAAGAGCCACGACAUCAAGGGCGAUACCUACAAGGAGGCUUCUAAGCACUAG